UUCAGUUGUGACUUGCAACACCCUGCCUGAUUCAUUGUGGACUCUCCUGCAUGCACUGCUGUGUACACAUACAUCGAUAUGGACAUCGUCCAGUGGCAAACCUGGUGACAAGUCGUUGUGCAGUGGAAGAAUGUUGGAGCAUGGGCAUGAACGACAACGUCGACCAUUCGCCGAAGCUUUCUGCUGUGUUGGCAGUGCUUUCUCUUUCGCAGAGGAGUUUUCUGUUCGUGCUGUAGCGUGUUCUGAUUUCUCUGGCUUAGUUGACCCUGAGUAGAAAUUGAGAGUGCUGAACAUCAGCCGUCAAUAAUUAUCGUAAAAAUGGGCAGUAGGUAUGAGUUGUCGGAAGACGGUGUUAUGGUUUUCAGGCCAUCAAUGAAAGAAUUCAAAGACUUUGAGGCUUAUGUUACGUACAUGGAGUCUUGUGGCGCUCACAAGUAUGGAGUUGCCAAGGUCAUUCCACCGAAAGAAUGGAGUCCCAAGUCAAAUCUUUCAGCUGUGGAUGAUAUGGUUAUUCCCACUCCUAUCGCUCAGAUGGUGACUGGCAGAGGAGGACUGUGUGAACAGUACAACAUCCCACACAAGGCCAUGACCGUCAAGAAGCACAGAGAACUUGCCCUCAGUGACCAAUAUUCUCCUCCCAAAGCAGCCAACUUUGAAGAACUGGAAAGAAAAUAUUGGAAAAACCUGAUGUUCAACAAACCCAUAUAUGGCGCAGAUGUACCCGGCUCACUUACAGAUCCAUCUGUGAAGAUAUGGAAUAUCAACUGUUUACCAUCAAUACUGGAUGAGUUGGAACGUAGCGGCGUUUCAAUUCCUGGUGUCAAUACCGCUUACUUGUACUUUGGUAUGUGGAAGACCUCGUUUGCCUGGCACACCGAAGACAUGGACCUCUACAGCAUCAACUACUUGCACCAUGGUGCUCCCAAAGCUUGGUAUUCAAUACCACCAGAACAUGGCAAGCGAUUAGAAGAAGUUGCGAAAGGUUAUUUCCCGCACAGCCAUCGUACCUGCUCCUCGUUUCUCCGGCACAAGAUGACCAUCAUGUCCCCCAGUGUGCUUAAAACCUAUUCCAUUCCGUUUCGCAAGAUGCUGCAAAAAGAGGGAGAAUUCAUGAUCACUUUCCCAUUUGGUUAUCACUCUGGUUUCAACUGCGGUUACAAUGUUGCUGAGUCCACCAAUUUUGCUUUGGAGCGAUGGAUAGAGUUUGGCCGGCGCGCCUCACGGUGUUACUGUCGAACCGAUACGGUCAUGAUUGACAUGGAUAUCUUUGCCGCUCUCAAGAAUCGAAAAGGAGCUGCGGGAUCAGCGUCUUGGCCAAAGUACGCUGGGCGCAUGCGUUCAGGUGCUACUCGCAGGACGGAGUCCGACGACGACAGCGAUGACGGUGCGGGUUCAGGUGUGUCACCGCCAAAGAAAGCGGGGAAAAAAGCGACAGCGACAGCAGUAGUAGUAGUUAAGACUGAGCCAUCUAUUGUCGUGUCCAGUCCACCAUCCAGCCCACGGAAGGGCAAACGGCGAUCUGCUGAUGACUCCGAGAGCACGGGCUCACAAAGAAAGCGUGUCAAGACCGCUAGUGCAGUUCCGAAGGCGAAACGAGCAACUUCAGCCGCUCCUGUUGCUGUUGCUGUUGCCGUUGCCACCAGCAGACGGAAGAAAUCUACAGAGAGUCCGAUGGAGGUGGAUGUGCCUGUGAAGAGUCCUCGAACCCCCUCCGCCGCCGCCGCCGUCGCCAGUGACUCGGUCACACCAUCAGCCAGUGCACCAGUGACACCGCCUCUGCAGCAUCAUGACAUCACCGAGACAAGUCAAGGUGAAUUCGUCAUUUCCGACGUGCCCGUGGAUGACGUGGCUGGACUCUGGCAGCACCAGGCGCGCGCACCAGCCGUGGAGCAAGCCUGGAACAAGUACCUGUCGCAGGACAACACGCGCUGCGCCGUCUGCUCACACAUCGGCCUCCCGCAGGUGUGUACACUUGCGCAGGGAGAGAGCAAUGGCAUGCCAGAGUAUAUGUUGAAGUAUCUCAAACAGUCGCAGCUACCCAGCUCACCAAUGCCACCCAGCUCACCAAUGCCACCAGUUAGUGGUGUGCAGACCAGCGGAGCUACGAGUGACAGUGGCUUUGCUGGCACUGACGCUGAUCCCCUGGUCAAUGUCCGAACGCAGCCUACUCCAUCAAACGUUGCAGCUGCGCCUUCAAUGUCACCCCAGGGCUGUGCGAAAACACAAGCAACGACAAGAAUAACAUCAUUCACUGAGUCGACUUCCCAGCCUGCCGUGGCCAUGUCUGUAGCGACGACAGCAGCAGCAACAGUGGCAGCAACAGCACCGGCUGUUGAUACCAGUGGAGAUGAGGAGUAUGAGACAGCAUUAUCGGACACUGGCGUUCAGUCGGAUUGGUCACUGGAGUCGGUGCUCGGCGAUCAUGACUAUGUGAAAGCGUCGGAUUAUCAGACACACGGUGGACGUGGAACACGGGGACGGUCACGCAGCUGCUCGUCUGCACAGUCACUGAGCAUGCAAGACGGCAACUGUCAGCUAGGUACUAGCACGGCUAAAGAUCGUCCGGCUUUCGACCCGUCUGUAGCACCGACAUCUGCUGCAACGGCUGCCGCUACUGCCACCACUGACCAAGCGGAGCUGCCACCCCUGCUUACUUGUCAGAAAUGCUCUGUUUGCGUUCAUCCAGCCUGCUAUGGUGUGACUCCUCUAUCAGCCCCUGCUGUAUCUGUAUCCUCUUGGUUAUGUGAUCGGUGCGAGCAAAGUGCCGAUGAGGAGGACUGUUGCCUGUGUGCAAUGCGAGGUGGUGCACUCAAGAAGACAGAUGACAAUAGGUGGGCACAUGUCUUGUGUGCCGUCUGCAUUCCGGAAGUGAUGUUCGGCGACCUGGCGACCCGUCAGCCUAUCUGUCUUGGCAAUAUCCCCAACCGAAGGUGGAAGCUGAAAUGCCACUACUGUCAGCAGUGCGGUCGGCAGAAGAUACAGGGCUGCAGUGUCCAGUGUUCGUUUGGCUGGUGCUCGCGUCCGCUGCACGUAACUUGCGUGUAUCGGCCCAACGUGCGCAUCGUUCAGGGCGACUGGCCGCAGGUGCUCCGCAUUAUUUGCCAUCGGCACGAACAUAUUAUGAUCAAGGGCCAGCAGAGAGCUGUUGACUUCUCUAUCGGUGAUCAAGUCUAUGCCAAGCACAAGAACUGCAGAUUCUACCUUGCCACUAUUGCGGAGAUCACUCCAACGGUCCUGUAUGAAAUUCUGUUCGACGAUGGUAGCUAUAGCGGCGACAUGUUCCCUGAGGAUAUUGUUAAUCGAGAUUGCAAAGCCGACGGUCCGCCAGCAGAAGGUGCCGAGGUACAAGUCAUGUGGACAGAUGGCCUGGUCUAUGGUGGAAAGUUCAUCCGCUCAAACUACGAGCUGAAAUACUGGACUCUCUUCGAAGACCACUCCAAGCGUCUGCUGAAAAAGUCCUGUGUGUUUGGGCUUGAUGAGGAGCUACCGGCCAAAGUCCAAAAGAAGCUGUCGGUGUCGCAAAGUGAUGAUGACAGCUCACCAGCGGCCGAGACCAAAGUCAUCCUGGAUGGCAAGCGUAAGCGGCGCGCUUGCCACCGCCUUGCACAGUAGUGCAUGUGUCGCACUGCUCGCCAUUGCCAGGCUUUGACUGCGACUGGUUACAACCCCGCUGAAAGUGACGAUGCUGGAAUGGAAAGGCCAUGCCUGACCAGUUUCUCUCUCUCUCUCUCUCUCCAUUGGCCUGUAGCGAUGACGGCGCCCGUGUGCUCUCAAUGCAUGUGUGCAGUGUGCUUGUUGCACCGGCGUCUACAAUAGCGCGUGCGUCUGCUCAGCAACUGUAACUUCUCUCUCCCGGUUGCUGGUAUGUGUCUUGUUUUCGGUGCCUUGCUGCUGUAUUUGAGUUGUGUGGCAUGAUAUUAUACUCUCACUUGCCUAGUGCCUAAUCAGAGGUGUCUGCAGCUGCUUUUGAGCCAGGACUAUGGACUGCAGAAUAAUCUCCACCGAUGUGUGCCCUGUGUCUUGUGCCUGUGUCCAUCCAUCUCUGCUGGAUACUUCUGUCUUGUGCCUGUGUCCAUCCAUCUCUGCUGGAUACUUCUGUUCAUCUGUCGUGUUAUAGUGCUAGGCUUGAUGCUCUGACCUGUGUUCGUAUCUGCAUCUGUUUGGUUUAUAUGUUGUGUAUGCGAGCGCAUAUGCCACUGUGCUUUGUGCUUGGUUCUUGAGCAACGGUAGUUUCACCCCGCGUGUGUGCGUGUGUGUGUGUGUGUGUCUCUCUCUCUCUCCCCAUUGCAAUCUAGCAGUAGUUUCUUUGCUCCUCUCCCCCGCCAGCUGAUGGUGGUACCUUGCUUGCUUGCCCUUUAGUUUCUAGGCACAUCGUCAUCAUAUCUACUACAAUAUCGACUAACAUUUUCAUCCGCAUCAUCAUCAGCAGCAGCAAUCAUGCCAUCAUCAGUCAAGCAACUUGCUCUCACAUACUGCAUCCUAUAUCUACUUUAUAUCACCUAGUUUUUACUCCAGGACUGCUGUGCAGUUGCCCUAUACUUACCACCCCACCCCAAUAGACUUUAGUGCUAGUGUCUAGACUGCGCUCCGUUGAUCUUAUCAGCCGCCAAUGCUCUGUGUCGUUGCAUAGUUAUAAACAAUCGUGUACGCCUAAGGAUCCAAGCAGUGGCUGCUUUGCUUUGUGUAGAACGGCCGUCCGUCAAUCUGUCAUGAUAGUGGCAGUGGCAACACUUCUCUGGUCAUUGUGAUACCCUGUUUUGUUUUAUCAGCCUGCGUGCUUGUCUAUCUGCUUGUCUGUCUGCUUGUCAAUUCUGCUCAAGAUUAUAACCCACCGAAAUAGUGCUGAGAGCUAGAGGAAUCCAACAAGACUA